AUGACGCUUCAGUUUACUGAUCUCUCUGUUAGGCGACCAUAUGGAAUAGUGGAAGACGUUCCAGUAAAGAUUGAAAAGUUUUUUUUUCCAAUUGACUUCGUCAUUCUGGAAAUGCCCGAAUAUGAGAAUAUUCCUCUCAUAUUUGACAUGCCAUUUUUAAAGACAGGACGAUGCAUGAUAGACAUAGAGGAAGGAACAAUGACCCUCAAAGUCUAUGAUGAAGAGCUAAAAGUUGAUGUGUGGAACAAGAUGCAAUACAAAGAUAAUAUUGGCACAAGACACAUUGUAGAGAUGAUAGAUUAG